AGUAUAAACUGAAAGCAAAUUUUAAAUUGAGAGAAAAAAAAUCAUUACUGCCUGUGCCUUCCAGCUUUUGUGUAUCCAGUUUACGAAUAUUCACGAAAACAGACGAACUUCUGGAGCCAUGUUAUAACAUUUCUCCAUUGUCGAAAUUCCACAUGGACGAAAGCAGAAUACAGAGACAUCUGUCUGACAGUUCCUUUUGUGAUACCAGUUUUGACCAAUCCAGUAUUAUGGAUAGUGAUUUAAAAAUUGAAGCAAGUCCAACUGGAAGCCAACGAUUUCCUUUCUCACACAACAAUAGUUCAGGUUCCAUUGCACCUGGAUGCGUCUCAUCUGCAUCUUCUGCAUACAACACAGAAAGGUACGAUGACUUACAGACGAUAGUGCCAAAAUGCCAACAACCUGACAGUUUGGGAUCUCAGAAACUUAGCAAGGCAUCAGUUUUGCAAAAAUCCAUAGAAUAUAUUAGCUUCUUGGUGGAUCAGAAAUCUAAACAGGAGCUGGCUCUUGAUACUCUCAGAAAAGAAGUUAUGGCUUUGAAGAUUAUGAAAGCCAACUAUGAACAAAUUUUGAAAUCUCACCAAAACACACCUCUUGCAGGACAAAAUCAGGUUUCUGACGAAGUCAAAUUUCAAGUAUUCAAGCAGAUUAUGGACUCCUUAUUCCAGUCUUUUGUAUCAGCAGUGUCAGUUAGUAACUUUACUGAACUUUCAACAUGUGUGAUAAGUUGGUUAGAAGCAUAUUGCAAACCUAAGAUUUUGAAAGGACUUGUGGUUGGUGUUUUACAGCAGGUUUCUAAUCAACCAAAUAUCAACCAAUAAACACUCUCUUUGUGUGAAUAGGAGGCUGAAAACCAUUUUCUCUGCUUUGUAGCUGAGCCCGGAUUGAAUGAUGAAAACUUAAUACUGGUUAAUGGGCCAUUGCUGUUUUUAUUUCAUCUUCCAUAUCCUGUCUUAAUGAUUUUACUUCUGAAAGAACAGUUUCUAAGUAUUGAAUUACAGCAGUGACUUUUAAUGACUGCAAUGUUAUUCAAACAUUUUGCAAUAACCAUUAUAGGUGCUGCAUUUUGCUCACAAAUUUAAACUGACCAAACAAUUUUUUUUUUUUUUCUUUGUCAUGUUUCUGAAUAUAGAUAUUUUAUAUUUAAAUUUUAUUAAAAUCUAUAAAUUAUA